UUUUUUAUACCUUUUCUAAAAAAGGUUAUUAAAACAAUAAGUAUAUAGUUAAUGCGAUUCUGUAACUCGUUAAAAGGUGUCGAUAGACUUUGUAAACUUGGCACCUAACUUGAAGCGGGUAUUUUUCUUUAUUUUUUCGAAAGAUUUUUGUAUGUAUUUGAAUGUAGUAAUUAACAUUAAUUUUGUUUCUAGUAGCGCGUAGAAAAAAAUAUCAGACAUUUAAAAAACAUCGCUCUCCGACUUUAAAAUAAAUCAAUUUUAACGACUGUUUCUUAUAGAAAAUUGUUUGUAGUUUAUUGUAGUACAAUUUUUUUCGAUUGUAGUUGAAAACCGUUUGCGCGGUAUUAUUAUUUAAACAAUUUAUAGAUAACAACUUUUUUUAUUCUAAAGAUAGCUCAAAUUUGCUUGCGGGACUCGAUUCAGAAUUGUUUGUAAUAAUUUUUCUUUUGUUUGAAGUUGAACCGUUUUCGUGAUAUAAUUGCAACAAUUGGAAAAAGACGGGAAUUUGUUACUUUUCAAGGUAACUAAAAACGAAAGCAAAAUUAUUACAAACAACUAUGUACAAACGGUUCUGAAUCGAUCUCUGUAAGCGGAUUUAAAAUAUCUUACAAAUUAACAAUUACUACUUAUAAAACAUUUGUUUAUUUAAUUAUACCGGGCGAACGGUUUAACCAUUGUAUAAAUGAAAGCAAAAUCACAACAAACAACUACAAACGAUUCUGAAUUGAUCUCUGCAAGCAAAUUUAAAAUAUCUUAAAAAUUAACAAUUACCACUUAUAAGACCUUUAUUUAUUUAAUUAUACCGAGCGAAUGGGUCAACUACAAAUGAAAGCAAUAUUACUACAAACAACUACAAACAAUUCUGAUCUAGUCCUGCAAGUGGAUUUGAGCUAUCUAUAAAAUUAAAAAUUUUGCCGUCUAUAAAUUGUUUAAAUAAUUAUACCGCGUAAACAGUUUAACUACAAACGGAAAUAAUUGUACUACAAUCCACUACAAACAAUUUUCUAUAAGAAACAGUUACUAUAAUUGAUUUAAUUCAAAGUCGGAGAUGACGUUUUUUUAUACUCCGAUAUUUUUUUCUACGCUACUACAAACAAAAUAAAUGUUACUACAUAUUUAACGACAUACAAAAAUUUUUCAAAAAAAAAUUAAGAAAUUAAAUCGCUUCAACUUGAGUGCCAAGUUCACAAAACCGUGUCGGUAUCGUCAUGUCGUUGCGCAGCUUUUUACCGUAUAAAAUAUCUAUGCCACAAUAGUAUAACAAUACCGACACCAUUUAAUAGAAUCUUAUUUUGUCUUGAUUUUAUCAAGUACAAGAACCUGAUAUCCUUAUUAUAACAAAUCAAGACAAAACAAGUCGAUAUCUUGAAAUUCUUGUCUGGCUUUUAUAAUCACGUUAUCACCACCAUGAUACACGGAAGAUUCUGGUCAUAUGAUAAUGUGAUUAUAAAAGCCGACGCGGUUUUUCAGUCAGUUAUAUAUUCAACAGAUUCAUUAGUAAGGUGUAAAGGAUAUUUUAUAUAUACAUCAUAACAAGUUCGUUUUUAUUUCAAAUACGAAUAGAACAAGUAUUAAGCGAUGAAAGGCAUACACCUAAUCGCCUUUAUGGCAUCUUGGACUGUAAUUAUUGCAAGUAAAUUACCGAUUACCAAUGAGAAAUGUCCAGCGUGGGACCCUUACCCGCCGCUAUUAAUAUUUCACGAAACGAGUUGCUCGAAAUUCUACGAAUGCCGAAACGGUCAAAAGCUGUUGCGUAUUUGCUCAGCCGACCUAUACUUUAGCAAAAAGGAGCAAAGAUGUGUUAAAUGGGAGCUUUCGGAUUGUCCAAUUAUUCCUACGACCACCCCAACUACAAUCUGGACUACUUCAUCGACGAUCUCUCCUGGCAUAUGCAUUAACGGGGAUCUAACGGAGCACGAAUGUAACUGCGAGAAAUUCUACGAAUGCAGUAAUUUUAAAAAAGUUCUGCGUGAAUGUCCAGAAGGCGAAAUCUUUAAUAAUGCAACAAAAACUUGCCAACCGGGUGAUAAGAAAAAUUGCAGAGUUUAUCCUGUCCCAUGCAUAACAGGGACAAAUAAACCACAUGAAUGCCGAUGCCAAAAAUACUAUACGUGCAAAUCAACCGAUUGGGUUUUGCGUGAGUGCAUUAAAGGAUGGCACUUUGACAACGUUACGUUGACCUGCGUUGAAGGUACAGACUGCAAUAAGACACAUGUAUGCAGUAAUGGCGACAAAAUAAAACAUGAGUGUUCCUGCGAGAAGUACUUCGUCUGCAAAAAUAACGAAUGGACCUCCGAAACCUGCCCAAAAAAUUUACAUUUUAACCCGACUCUGAAAUUCUGUACGAAUCCAAUAGAUGCUGGUUGCGAGGAUAUAAAACCUGACGAUUGCCCAAGACCUACUCCCAAGAAAUGGUACCACGAGUGUGACUGUAGAUUGUAUUACCAGUGUGUAAAUGGAAAGAAGAAGCUAUAUGAAUGCAAUUGGGGAUUCUAUUAUGAUAGAACCAAUAUGAAAUGCGACGACGCAACUAACGUUAAAGAUUGCAGAAAUGGUUGGGACCACUGGCUCCCUAAACAGUCGUUAAUUACAAAAAAGGUAUAAAAAUGUUAAGAAUAACGUGGAAUAGAAGAAACAUAUAGAGCAUACUUAUUAAACUGCCUAUAUGGCUUAUAUUAUACUGCCAUAUUUGUAAACAUUUAAAUAAUAUAUUUUGUUCAGAUAUUUUAAUAAAUCUGAUAAAAAGACUUUUAAUCGUCUUCA